AGUGUAGGGAAAAAACAAUCACAAAAUUGGGAACGAGCCGAGAGGCCAAAUUUUGAACCGAGUCCGUUCCUCUCCGACCCCCCGACCUCACCGCCGGCAGCAUUAGAUCAGCCUGCGCGUCCGGCUCCGGUGUCCCCCGCCACAGAUACGCUCGUAUCCGAAGCCGGCGACGGAGGCCAUGGAAGGGGACCGCGCGGGAGGACCCGCGGCCGCGGAUCUGAGCCGGGACAUGGCGGCGGCGAGGGCGGCGUGCGAGCGGCGGAUCGCGCAGGGCCGCGAGCGCAUCGCGGCGGCCGCGUCCGCCUUCCGCGGGGACAUCCUCUCCGCCCGCUCGCUCGCCAGCGGCAGCGUCGCGCACCGAGACAAACUCGACAGCCUAAAGGAUCAGCUCAGGGUGCUCCAGGCAGCUCUGGCAGAGGCUCUCUCCACCCAACUGAAGAAAGAAUCAGAAUGUGAGCUAACCAGGGAAUCCAUCUCGAACGCCACUGCAACCAACGAGCAGCUCAGGAGCCUGGUCGUGGAACAGAGGGCUAGGAGAGAUGAGUUUGCAAAAGUCAUAGCACAUCAGCGUGAAGCUAUCGAAGCUCUUGAAGCUAAUGUUGACGUGGUGGGAAAAAAGAACCUGGACGAAGCUAUCAUGUGGUACAAUAAAUUUCUUGGUUUUCGAGUUAUUGCAGGGGAAGGGGUUACAUUUGUCUUCAAUAAAGUUGACAAGCAAAGACCUGAUGAUGAGUAUUCGUUUUGCAUAAAAGUAAAUAACGACGAGUACAGCUUAAUUCAGUGUACUCCAUUAAUAAAAGACACUGAAGAAUUGGUGAAGGAUUUGAACCGCACUAACGAUCUCUCCAAGUUCGUUAAAAUCAUGAGAGCAAGAUUCCAAGCGGCUGCAAUCAAAGGGGUUCAUCCUGCAACUUCAUUGUGCUCAGACACAUCAUCCACAACAAUGUCAUCACCACCGGUCACAUCAGUUGAUACCACAAGUGAAGGCACCACCAAUCAAAGCCAUUCCCGAAGCCGUUUCAAGAAUCAAGAUAUGUGUGCAGAGAGAGGGGCCCCUCCCCGAUCAAUCGCAUCUCCCCUUAUGUCGGGAUCUAGCACGCGUCGCUCCCCACGCCUUGCGGCUGCUGCUACAGGGAGUAUACAUUAAGCAAUAGACGAAAAUCCACUUGGGUGGCACCAUGUGAUGCGGUUUGGUUGUGUCACAGUUUAGACGGCCCUCAUCGAGCAAAUUCUGAGUUAGACAAACUGAACAUGAACGAAAAUAAGCAGUGGGCAGUGUACUUGGUAGACAAAGAGAGUUCCAUCUCGAACUCGUCAUCCAUCUGUAGCUUCUGUUCCCCUCAACCUGACCUCAGUGCUUCAUAUUAAUCUGUACUGUAGAGUGAAGCAUCUAGCGUUGCAGUUGUAGGCAGCUUGGAUUUGGUCCUUGCCAUGCCAUUGUGGGUGAUGUAUAAUACUCCUAUAUUGUAAUUUUAUCAAGUGUUAGCAGUA